UGUAUUAAUCAUUUAAGAAGUUGCAUUUAUCGUUACAUGUCGCUUGUUUUUAAGUACAUUGAAAAUAUAAUAAAAGAUUUAUUCUUUAAUUAUCAGUGUCAAAAAGGCAUUUAAUUUCGUCGGUAAUUUUGAUUAAAAAACAUAAGUAUAAUACUUUCGACAUGUUUUUAGUUGCAGCCGUCUUCGCUACCUUUGUGGCACUGUUAACGCUCGUCUUACUGUUUAUGUACUGGUACAUGUCCCUCCAAGAACUGAAGGGAGUCAACCGUAAAAGCGUUUUUAUUACCGGGUGUGACACCGGUUUCGGAAACCUUCUGGCAAAAUCGCUUGACCGGAAAGGAGUCCGCGUGUUUGCCGGUUGUCUGACGGAGGAAGGAGCGGCGAAAUUGCGAUCAGAGACUUCGUCGCGGCUACUGACGGUGAUAGUGAACAUCAGCCCAAGCCGACACCAUACAACGGGCUCAUUGACAAUACAUCUGUUGUGGACAGGACUAUGGGGCGUGGUCAACAAUGCGGGAGUCAUGCCGACAUUCGCCCCGGUGGAGUGGACUACGAUGGAAGAGUUCGAGCAAGUUUUUAACGUGAACUUCUUCGGCACCAUUGCGGUAACUAAGGCGUUUCUUCCGUUGCUAAGGCAGUCAAGUGGCCGUCUGGUUAACGUCUGUAGUGUGACGUCAAACUGCGGAUAUCCGGGAAUCUCGAGCUACGUUACGUCAAAAUCGGCAUUGAAAAUGUUCUCGGUGUGUUUGAGACGCGAGCUGCUGCACUCCGGGGUGACGGUGCACACCAUCGAGCCCGGAGGCUUUCAGACGAACAUCACGGACCACCACCGGAUGGCCGGCAUGGUAAAGAAGGCGUACAAGCGCAGCUCACCGGAACUGCAGGCCGUAUACGGCGGACACGUCUGCGACUACCUCCUGUCAGGCAUCAAGACGGCGCGUGAUUAUUGCAGCUCAAAGCCACAGUACGUGGCGGACGCCAUGACGCACGCGUUGCUCUCGCGCAUGCCCAAACUUCGCUAUCUAGUUGGUCCUGACGCGCACGUGUUCUUCCGGUUGCUAGGAUACCUUCCGGACCGUGUCGUGGAUUAUAUUCUAGGUUGGCCUGCGCUUCACGGCACGAUCUGUAGCGAGCUCGAACAGGAGUGACGCGAACAAUGUAUGCUAGAUAAAAUCUGAUGUGAACCACACCACGGUAUCAAACACUAAAUAUGCUUCUUUUACCAUACAAUUAUUGUAAAAACGUUUGAAAUCUUUAAGUGACUUUCAAUGCGUAAAUUAUAAGUGUUUCGACGAAUGCGUCGUUCUUUGGUGUUCAUUUUUUUAAGCUGUUUUCAUGUUGUUGUUGUUUUGUUUUAAACUCAGCCGUAUAUCUGCACAAAAAAGUGUUGUCUAAUUAAGAUAAUAAUUGAAUUUUCUAGCAGUAAGACAACUAUAUUUAAGGAAAAAAUCAAAAGUUUUGAUUGCCAGUUUUGAUUGCUAACGGUAUUCGAAUUUGUAUGAGUUUGGUGUAUUAAAUUAUACAUAAUUAGAGCUGUUUAAAUAUUUUAUUUGUAACGUCAUUAUUAUUAUUAUUAUUAUUAUUAUUAUUAUUAUUAUUAUUGUAUUAAUAUUACUGAGAAAAAUUAAAGUCUAAUAAGAUUGCUAUAUUUCCGAUUUGUAGAAUACUGCUUUUUUUAAGCGCCAGCCUAGUUAAGUUCAAAAUGUAUGCAAUUUUGCCAAAGUACGUUGUGUAAAGUAAAAACAUAUGUGUGAGUGUGUAAUGAAGAUAUAUAUUUGUUAUGUACAUGCAACGACACAAUGCAAUUUUACGUUGAGUUUGUUUUCUAAAUUUUGCUUUAAUUGUUAUUAAAAAUUGUUUUUAA